AUAAUGAGUAGUUGGUGAUAAUUUUCAAAUUUCAAUUGCUUCUUCUUGAUGAAAAACCAACCCCUCUACCCUCUCAUUUACUUCAAUCCAUUUUCUCAUUCCCAUUUCUCACCUCAUCUCCGCGUUCAUCCUCCUCCCAGUUUUGUAGAUGGGGGAUGAAAGCCCUAAUUACACAGUGGAUGACGCACUUGUGGCCAUGGGAUUUGGAAAUUUCCAAAUUCUUGUGCUUGCUUAUGCUGGGAUGGGCUGGAUUUCAGAAGCAAUGGAAAUGAUGCUUCUCUCUUUCGUAGGACCAGCUGUGCAGUCUGCUUGGGGUCUUUCUUCUCAUGAAGAGAGCCUAAUAACUAGUGUAGUUUUUGCUGGCAUGCUAGUUGGGGCAUAUUCAUGGGGCAUUGUUUCUGAUAGCCACGGUCGAAGGAAGGGAUUCCUCAUCACAGCAGUGGUGACUUCUGCAGCCGGUUUUCUAAGUGCUUUUGCCCCAAAUUAUAUUUCAUUGAUUAUUCUUCGUUGUUUGGUUGGUCUUGGUUUGGGAGGUGGUCCUGUACUCUCAUCUUGGUUUUUAGAGUUCAUUCCUGCUCCAAAUAGAGGCACUUGGAUGGUUAUUUUUUCAGGUUUCUGGACUGUUGGAACGAUUCUUGAGGCUUCACUUGCAUGGUGUGUCAUGCCAACAUUGGGUUGGAGGUGGUUACUUGCACUGUCUGCUCUUCCUUCAUUGCUUCUGCUUAUAUUCUAUAGGGUGACACCCGAGUCACCAAGGUAUUUAUGCCUGAAAGGUAGGACAACCGAGGCACUUAGUGUUUUGGAGAAAAUAGCAAGAAUGAACCGAGCAGAACUACCUCCUGGCAUUCUUGUUUCUGAUCACCAAGUAGGGGUACCUGAGAAUAGUAAUCCAUCAGAAGAUACGAAGUUGCUCUCACCAGAAGCAGAUUCUGGCCCAAGUCAUAAGGAUAUAGAUUCUAAUGUGGGAGGCAUCUCAUCACUGUUUAUGCUUCUGUCCCCAAAAUUACUCAGAUCAACACUCCUCUUGUGGAUGGUAUUCUUUGGGAAUGCAUUUUCAUAUUAUGGCCUCGUGCUGCUGACCUCUGAGCUGAACAAUGGACAGAAUAAAUGUGGGGUGGCUGAGUUGCAGUCUGAAAAGACCCAGGAUAUUAAUUACAAAGAUGUUUUUAUCACCAGUUUUGCAGAAUUCCCUGGGCUCCUUUUGUCAGCUGCCACAGUAGAUAUACUUGGUCGCAAACUGUCAAUGUCAGCAAUGUUCUUCCUCUGUUGUAUUUUCCUGCUCCCAUUGGUAUUCCAUCAGCCUCAAGGUUUGACAACAGCUCUUCUGUUUGGAGCUCGCAUAUGCAUUACAGUAACCUUUACAGUUGUCUACAUAUAUGCUCCAGAGAUAUACCCAACAUCUGUCAGAACAACAGGCGUUGGAGUUGCAAGCUCAGUUGGAAGGAUUGGUGGGAUGUUAUGCCCUCUUGUUGCAGUUGGUUUGGUGCAUGGAUGCCAUCAAGCUGCUGCAGUCAUUCUCUUUGAAAUUGUAAUCUUUAUUUCUGGGAUCUGCGUAAUACUCUUCCCAUUCGAAACCAAGGGCCGGGAAUUGAAAGAUACUCUAUCUAGCUCAGAUCAAGUCAAUUCUAUAUUAUAAACUCAAACAAAGUACACCAGGAGCUCUCCUCCCCCACAUACUCUUAACACAACAGUUGUUUACAAAAGGUUGAAGAUGAUCUCUUCUGCCUCCCUACUAUAGGUAUGUUUUUCUUCUACACUUUGUGUAUUCAUAUGUGAAUAGUCAUAUUUCUGCAUUUCUAUUCUGAAUUGAGAGCUUUCUUUUUUCCUGCUAUUCAUGCUUCCAUGUUACAUUUUUUUUGUAUCACUUGAUCUAUAAAAGACUCGAAAGCUGUGUUAUGUUCUACUGAUAUAAUUUGAGGAAUUAUUCCCAGUAGAAUGUCAGAAAAUAAUGGUUGAUACUUGCUUGAUUCUAAGCA